AUGGGAGCAGAUGUGGGUUUGGGAUCGGUAAGUUUGGCGUUGAGCGUUCUAUCUCGCGGUCAAGUUAUCAUCGAAUUCCUUAUCGAAUGGGUUCGGUCAUCCAAACACUAUGGCGAGGACGUUCGUGUCAUCCGGACAAGGCUCAGUACCCAAAGCGCUCGCUUGAGUGCCUUCUCAGCAUUCUUGGAGAAGGAAAGUAAGCCUGGUGUAAGCCAUUUCAACGAGCUUUCAGAUGUAUUCCGGCGGUCGAUAUGUGGUAUGACGGAGGAGCUUGAAUUGACUUUCGACUCUUACUAUUCUCUCAUCAACAAAUACAAGAUUGAAGAUUUGCAGAGAGGGUUCGAAACACAAAUGGUGAUUGAUGAGAGUAGCGGUCCUACUAAGAAAAGGACAUCGAUAGUGGCCGCCAGCAAGAAAGAGAGCGAAGCUAGGCAAAAGGCCGCAUCAUUCCGGAACAUCUCUACAUGGGGAUUGUUUCGGAAAAAGAACGUAUUUGAUUUAAUCAACAAAAUCGAAUCGUGGAACGAUCAGCUCCAAAACUUCCUCAUAUGCGGACUUUGUUUCGGGAAAGGCCCAAGGAUAGGAGAGAUGCUCAAGGCACCAGGACUGGGCGAGCUUCGAGUCGACAUCGGCAUCGAGCUGCGAGGCCUCAUUCUGGAGGACCCAAGGACUCUAGAUGACUACCUCAAGACUGAAUGGAUUCUUUCUAGACUUGAAGAUGAGACAGACCCUCGAAUACAGACUCUGACGACAAGGAGUCCUGAUCAGAGCUUACCCACGUCGCGGAAGGUGUUUGUGGAGUAUAAAGAGUUCAGAGUUCGGCGGGGCGGCACCGGACCUUCUGAAUCAGUGUUGAGAGGAGUGUCCUCAUUAGCAAAACUCCUCAGUCAGCCACGAGCCCCCGAGGCAGGCUUUCAGACGUUGAAAUGCAACGGCAUCAUCCGCCAAACAGCUCCAAGACAGCGAUUUGCAUUCAUUUUCGACCUGCAUCCAGAUCAACUUCAAGGAACUGCAAGAAUCAUAAGCAUUGCACAAGCGAUCAGCACAGGCUUUGCCCACCGGCCCACUUUGGGAGAGAGAUUCUGCAUGGCUAAGAGUCUUGCAGUCUCAUUGUUCCAGUUCCAUUCCGUGAAUUGGCUGCACAAAUCAGUUAGGAGCUCCAACGUUCUAUUCACCAGCGAGGAGGCGCAUGAUGGGCCCCCUCGACCUGGCUUCAGCCGGCCUUUCUUAGUAGGGUUUGAGUUUGCAAGGGCCGAAAACGACAUGUCUACUACUGAUCAGGAGGACUCCGUACUGGUAAACAUUUACCGACAUCCCGACAAGCAGGGUCCACCUGAAGAGCGAUUCCAUGCCCUUCACGACAUUUACGCACUUGGGACCGUGCUCCUAGAGAUAGGAAUCUGGCGGCCGCUUAUUGGUUUCGACCGCAAUUUUGAAAAAAUGAAGCCACUUGAAGUGAAGCAAUGCCUGGAAGCCCAUGCACGGGAGCGUCUGCCCCACUACAUGGGCGUAGAGUAUACAGAAGCCGUUUUGUCCUGUCUGCAGGGUACGCUUCUGGACGACGAAGCCGAGGAUGCUGGAGAUGUAGGCAGUGAUGCUUGGAGAGAAUACAUUCAGUCAGGCUUUUGGGUACAUGUCAUCGAGAAGAUCCAUAAGGGGACGGGGCUAAAAUGA